AUCCUAAUCGUUAAACCACUGAAAGCAGGCUUCGGCGCUCAGAAAUUGCCUUGCGAAAUCACUCGCGGAGAAGCAAAAAGGCGAACACGGCCAAAACCAACGGCAUGGCGAGUUACGGUGACAGUGACGUCGUUAACCGGGAUGCUUUCCGUCAAGCCGUCGUUAACACCCUCGAACGCCGUCUCUUCUACGUUCCGUCGUUUAAGAUAUAUGGUGGUGUUGCCGGGCUUUACGAUUACGGGCCACCUGGCUGCGCCGUUAAGUCUAACGUCCUAGCAUUCUGGCGUCAGCAUUUUGUGUUGGAAGAGAAUAUGUUGGAAGUGGACUGCCCAUGUGUAACGCCAGAAAUUGUGUUGAAAGCGUCGGGUCAUGUGGAUAAAUUCACUGACCUUAUGGUGAAAGAUGAAAAAACGGGAACUUGUUUCCGCGCCGACCAUUUGCUUAAGGAUUUUUGCAAAGAUCAGCUGGAGAAGGACAUUAAUGUGACAGCAGACAAGGCUGCCGAGUUGAAGCAUGUUCUGGCUGUAUUGGAUGAUCUUUCUGCUGAAGAAUUAGGUGAAAAGAUUAGGGAGUAUGGGAUUGUUGCUCCUGAUACUAAGAACCCACUUUCUGAUCCUUACCCUUUCAAUCUCAUGUUCCAAACAUCAAUUGGUCCGUCCGGGUUGAGCCCUGGGUUUAUGCGCCCUGAGACGGCUCAAGGCAUAUUUGUCAACUUCAAGGAUCUCUUUUACUAUAAUGGGAACAAGCUCCCUUUUGCUGCAGCGCAAAUUGGUCAGGCGUUUAGAAAUGAGAUAUCUCCCCGCCAAGGUCUCCUAAGAGUUCGUGAAUUUACACUAGCCGAGAUUGAGCAUUUUGUGGAUUCUGACGACAAGUCACACCCCAAAUUUUGUGAAGUUUCCAAUUUGGAAUUCUUAAUGUUCCCAAGGGAAAAACAAGUGUCUGGACAACCCGCAAAACGAUUACGCCUUGGUGAAGCAGUUUCAAAGGGCAUUGUCAACAAUGAGACACUGGGCUAUUUUAUCGGAAGGGUGUAUCUUUUCUUGACAUGUCUGGGUAUUGACAAAGAUCGACUCCGUUUUAGGCAGCACCUGGCCAAUGAGAUGGCUCAUUAUGCAGCAGACUGUUGGGAUGCUGAAAUUGAAUGCUCUUAUGGCUGGAUCGAGUGUGUUGGUAUUGCAGAUAGAUCUGCAUAUGAUUUGAGAGCUCACACGGAUAAGAGUGGUGUUGCCCUCGUGGCGCAUGAAAAAUUUUCAGAACCAAAGGAAGUGGAGAAACUUGUUAUUGCUCCAGUUAAAAAGGAGCUGGGCCUUACAUUCAAGGGUGACCAGAGGAUGGUUUGUGAAGCACUGGAGGUCAUGAGUGAAAAAGAAGCUAUGGAAAUGAGAGCCAAUUUGGAGUCCAAGGGGGAAGCGGAGUUCCAUGUAUGCACUCUUGCGAAAGAUGUCACCAUAAAGAAGAACAUGGUGACAAUCUCCAAGGAGAAAAAGAAGGAACAUCAGAGGGUUUUCGUUCCGUCAGUGAUUGAGCCAUCUUUUGGUAUUGGACGGAUAAUCUACUGUCUUUAUGAGCAUUCAUUCUACACAAGGCCUAGCAAGACUGGUGAUGAGCAGUUAAAUGUUUUCCGCUUCCCUCCGCUCGUGGCACCGAUCAAAUGCACAGUGUUCCCACUAGUGCAAAAUCAACAAUAUGAGGAAGUUGCUAAACACAUUGCCCAAAUAUUAACUGCUGCUGGGAUAUCAUAUAAGAUUGAUAUGACAGGUACAUCUAUUGGGAAGAGAUAUGCUCGAACAGAUGAACUUGGUGUACCAUUUGCCAUAACAGUGGAUGCAACUUCCUCAGUGACAAUCCGGGAGAGGGACAGCAAAGUUCAGAUCCGAGUUAAUGUGGAGGAGGUAGCAAGCGUAGUGAAAGAGGUGACUGAAGGCCACAGCACUUGGAAUGAUAUGCUCUCAAAAUACCAUAAUCCAUCUGCGCUAGAUGAUGAAUGAUUUCAAGAGUACAUUUUCUGCUAUUUUGCAUGUGAACUAUAUUCUUCAACCCCAAUACAUUUUGAUUUUAUAAGGUCGGGGAAAGCACACAAAGGAAAAGUUAUCCUUUUGGAUUUUUUUUUU